UCGCCCGCCGAACCCAGCCGAGCCCGGCCGAGCCCAGCCGAGCCCAGCCGAAGCGAGCAUCUCCCGCCGCCGCCGCCCCGCGCCCCCGGCGCCCGCCCCCCUCCGGCUCCAGCGCCUCGCUGCCAGGCAAACCUCCCGACCAUGCCCGGUGCCCCACCCGCCUCUGCGACCCCCCAGCCCCGCGCAGCUCCGAGCGCCUGCAGUCGUCGCGCCGUUACGCCAGGCAUGCAGGCUAGCUUGUGGGUUUCAUCGCAAGAGAAGUGCCUGGCCCUACAAGAGUAAAGGCCGAAAAUCUGGGUCACAGCUGAGGAAGACCUCAGAUACGGAGUGCAGAAUGUGGCCUGCUCUACUGCUGUCCCAAAUCUUCCCUCUCUGGCCACUGCUGUUGCUACCCCUCCCACCGCCUGUUCAGGGCUCCUCCGCUCGGUCCCCACCAGCCCCAGCCCGUCCCCCCUGCGUCCGGGGUGGCCCCUCGGCCCCUCGCCAUGUGUGUGUUUGGGAGCGGGCUCCUCCACCAAGCCGGUCCCCAAGGGUCCCGAGAUCACGUCGCCAAGCUCUGCCAGGCACUGCACCUCCUGCCACCCCAUCAGGCUUUGAGGAGGGGCCUCCCUCAUCUCAGUACCCCUGGGCUAUUGUGUGGGGUCCCACAGUAUCUAGGGAGGAUGGAGGGGACCCCAACUCGGUCAAUCCUGGAUUUCUGCCCCUGGACUAUGGUUUCGCAGCCCCGCAUGGGCUGGCUACCCCGCACCCCAACUCAGACUCCAUGCGGGAUGAUGGAGAUGGGCUCAUCCUUGGGGAAACACCUGCUACCUUGAGGCCCUUCCUGUUUGGAGGGCGUGGGGAAGGUGUGGACCCUCAGCUUUACGUGACAAUUACCAUAUCCAUCAUCAUCGUCCUUGUGGCUACAGGCAUCAUCUUCAAGUUUUGCUGGGACCGCAGCCAGAAGCGUCGGAGGCCCUCAGGGCAGCAAGGUGCCCUGAGGCAGGAGGAGAGCCAGCAACCGCUGACAGAUCUGUCCCCUGCUGGAGUCACAGUGCUGGGGGCCUUCGGGGAUUCACCUACCCCCACCCCUGACCAUGAGGAGCCCCGAGGGGGACCCCGGCCUGGGAUGCCCCAGCCCAAGGGGGCUCCAGCCUUCCAGUUGAACCGGAUUCCCCUGGUGAAUCUGUGAUGCCCCCCCAUGUUGGGGUGCUGCCAAGCAGGAGGCCAAGUGGCCAGCAUAGCCACCAUCACUGGGGGGGGCAACCGUGGGGAACUGGGACCAUGGUGGGGGGCUCCCAGCUCCUGCCCUUGCACACCACCUGGAACACUCACUGACCCCAUGGGCAAGCCCAACUGUUUGCCCUCCAGUGUUUGGGGGCUCCCCCAUUCCCACCCUUGCACAUUCACAUGAAAGCCUUGCAUACUCACCUCCACCCUCACAGGCCAUAGCACACAGUCCCACCCGCUCUCCAUGCUGCUCUUCUGCUUGUCCCUAUACACGCCUGCUCAGCUGGCUCCUAGCUCUGCCCCUCUUGUUACACAUGUUCUACCCUUUGCAUUUUCCGCGCCCAUCUCAGAAUGCCGGGGAGGUGCAUUUCUGGCCCAACACACGGCAUAGCGCUCACUCUGCCUCAUCAACACCCGCUGGUCUAGUUUCUGUGGCCCUUGCAUGCUGCCCUAGAGGUGGGUGGGAGGCGAGCUAGGGGCUCCUCGUGCCGUCUGUCAUAGCCCCAUCUCAUUCCAUGCCUUACGUUCCGCUGUCUUUCCACCCCAAGGGCACCGGCACCACUGAGGGCUCCCCUACAGGAACGGGGAUAGCGAGGCCCAAUUGCUAAAGUCUGUCAUCUGAAAUAUGGGUUUGGGGGAGUCACCUGCUGCACAUGAGAAGGGACUCCCAUGUCCUCCCUUCCUUCCCAAGUCCCUUGUCUUGUCUGUGUGUCUCUAUGGACUUCAGAACCCCUGAACAGGCCCUUUCCCCCCACUCUCCCUAAGGCCUCCCUAACUGUACCUAGGCUGCCAGGGACUGAAGCCAGCUGGUUCAAGGCCAUUGAGAGCUCUGCCUCCACACCCACCCUUCUCUUCCCGGGUCCCCUCAUGUCCCCCUCCCCUCUCCUGCCUCUCCCUUUUCCUCUCCUCAGGUUCUUCCCUCUGGUUGUCUCUUCCACCUCCCUCCUUCGUCUGACCUGGCUCCUAUGCUGUGAUAUAUAUUUUUGUAUUAUCUCUUUCUUCUCGUGGUGAUAAUCUUGUGGGAUGUAAGUUUCAAAAUUUUCAAAUAAAGCCUUUGCAAGAUAA